CGGGGAUUCCUCUCCCGGCCUGGCUGGAGGGGUCCGGGGUCCCCUGCUUGGGCGCGGACGGUCCUAGGGCUCGGUUGAGGGUCAGGGCCUGGGGCAGGGCUGCGCUAUUCCCGCUGCAGGAGCUAUUUCUGGAGGGCCCACGCUAGCCUUCCCACGUCUGCCAGGCUUUCCUGGGAAGAGGGACCAACCCUCAGCGGAUCCCUGGCCGUGCCCUGAGCCAGCCUCCCCAGAAGGCCUAGGACCAGUGGGUGGGGUUGAGGCAUCUCCCCAGUGUGUCUCCAGGAAACUCCUGUCCACCUGCCUUACUUCCUUACCUGAGGCACCUUUUGGCCUUUGCAGUCCCCAGGAUGGGGGAGUUCAGUGAGAAGAAGGAGACAUGUGGCACCAUCUGCCUCAAGUACCUGCUGUUCACCUUCAACUGCUGCUUCUGGCUGGCUGGCCUGGCUGUCAUGGCGGUGGGCAUCUGGACACUGGCCCUCAAGAGCGACUACAUCAGCCUGCUGUCCUCCAGCACCUACCUGGUCACAGCUUACAUCCUGGUGGUGGCUGGUGUGAUCGUCAUGGUGACAGGCGUCCUGGGCUGCUGUGCCACCUUCAAGGAGCGGCGGAACCUGCUGCGCCUGUACUUCAUCCUACUCUUCAUCAUCUUCCUGCUGGAGAUCAUUGCUGGCGUCCUGGCGUACGUCUACUACCAGCAGCUGAACACAGAGCUUAAGGAGAACCUGAAGGACACCAUGACAAAGCAGUACCACCAGCCAGGCCACGAGGGUGUGACCAGCGCCGUGGACAAGCUACAGCAAGAGUUCCACUGCUGUGGCAGCAACAACUCAAAGGAUUGGCAGGACAGUGAGUGGAUCCGCUCGGGUGAGGCAAGUGGCCGCGUGGUCCCUGACAGCUGCUGCAAGACUGUGGUGGAUGGCUGUGGCCGGCGGGACCACGCCUCCAACAUCUACAAGGUGGAGGGCGGCUGUAUCACCAAGCUGGAGACCUUCAUCCAGGAGCACCUGAGGAUCAUUGGGGCCGUGGGCCUCGGUAUCGCCUGCGUGCAGGUUUUUGGCAUGAUCUUCACCUGCUGUCUGUACAAGAGCUUGAAGCUGGAGCACUACUGAGCUCUUCUGCCUACAUGGGCGGCGUGCCCAUGCCCGUGCCUGCUAGAGCUGAAGCUUCUCACUACUGAUCUGAGACUACUGAUGGGGACGGAGCUCUCCAGAGUCCACUGCUCCUGCCUCCCUCCCCGCCCCCCAACUCCCCCACCAAAGUGGUCUCUGGUGACACCCCCUUCCUAGCUUCGAGUGCCUUUUGCUGCACACCAAAGCCCCAGGCCUGAGGAAGGGCCCCUGCCUAGCUCUGCCCUCCAGCAGGGGUGGGGGCUCCUGGGUUCUGACUAAAAGCCCCCUCACUCCCGUAGGCUGCCUCCUUUUGGGUGGGGUCAUGGGGCCUCUGGCAGUUCCUGAUGCCAGUGUUUAGUCAGAGGGACUGGACUGUGGGUAAAUUUGGGCAGAAUGGGGCAGAGGCCAGGCUGGCCUGCCCUGGGGGGCUCCCAGCCCACUGGACAGACACAUCCCCGUGAUGGUUGAGGCUGGUCUCAGGCAUGUACCUCUGCAUGGAGUGGCUGUUGCGGGCCAUUGUCAGCCCCGCUCUGCUCGGUGUCACCCCUGCCCCGGGCCUCUGCCUCCUCGUGCUGGGCAGGGCCUCGUCUCCCCACUGAGCCCACGUGCCCACUCCUUCAGUGCUGUUUCUUGCGAGGACGCCCUGCGGUGGCUGCUGUGACCCAACCACCAGAGCUGCUCCUGCCACAUCACAGGACCCAAUAAACGUUUCUGGAACCGA